CAGCUAAGCCAACCUGUCGGCGUUAUAUUUCGAUAUAAAUUGACGUUUAUUCGGAGUAAUAAAUUAGUACAAAACUAUUAAUUGAAGCAACACUACACAACAAGUACCUCACGAAGCCUAAAAUGUCGUUUAAACUGUGGGGUUUCGUUGCGUUAAGCGUUUUACUCUACGCCUCAGCGCCAGUACGAGCUGGAGUGCUCCGCACAGAGGCACCGGCUGACACUCCAACCACAGCAGCCGCAGCAGUACAGCUGGAGACCACAACAGUCCCCCUACCUGUAGGUGAGGAAGUAGCGGUAAGUCGCGAUGAAGAUGCUACCGUAAAGAUUGCCGUGACCUCCUUAGAUCCCGCGCCAGGCACAAUUGAGGGUAUUGAGAUAACGCUAGAUACCAUAAACGUCAAAAAGGAUGAGUCAAAGGAAGGUGAAAACUCAACAGAUAAGGCAGCGGUGGCUGGAGAACAAAUAGAGGAAGAAAAUAAUAAGCAAGAAAGUGAAAGCAAACCUGUAGUUGCACUCAGCAGAGAUACAGCUGCAAGCGUGCAAAUAAAAUCACACGAAGUUACAGAUCUAGCCAAGGAGGCACCAGCCAAUAGUGCAGAAACGCUUCCGGGAACGCCAAACCAGAAAUCAUCGAAGCUACUAUUACUGAGCACACCGCGUCUAGCGCGUGAGCAGGAAGAAAAUAUUGCUGAGCCUGAAGAUGUCGAUAUCAACACCGCGGUUUCCACCGACGACACAACCGAGCUAAGCACUGAGGAGCAAAGUGCAGAUGACGUCAAAUCCAGUGAAGAGAAUGAAAAGGAUGGCUCCGGUCGAAAACCCACUACGGAAGAACCCAGUUUUUUGAUACGCGUGCGCGAUGCAAUCUUUGGCAAGAAAGAGGAAACAACUAAACCUGUUGCUCCGGUUGAUAAUGAGGAACAAAAAUCAAACGACAAAGCGUUGAAAGAAGAUAAGGCGGAGAUCAAAAGGGACGAUGAGACCGCACUCCCAGCCGCAGCAGAGCAUGCACCCGAGCCGCAUAACGACAAUUCGGCAACUGCAGUGCUUGUUGAGACCGAGGCUGAUUACGUGCUCGUCGAUGCGGAUGUGGAACACUUGGGACAUCUCGGCAGCUUCACGCAUGCGGAUAGCGCCGAGUACUUGCAGCCGAUAGUGCACUCGGUAGAGGUGGUGCCUUCACAUUUUGAGGAGCCUCUGCUCUUCACAAGCGGCUAUGUGCAUGCUUGGUAGUUGAGCGGGGGAGCUAACGCAAGGAGUAUUGUUAAAUUAAUUUUAGUGAAUAUUUCAUACUUCUGUGAACUACAUGUGUAUAAACUCUGAUCUGCUUUCUGUCCUAGUUGUAGGUUUUACAUUUUAUGUAGUGUUAAUCUUUCAUUUGCAAAUUGACGAGUUUUGUUUUAGU